UCGCGAGAUCCGGGCCGCCGAGCGCUCGGGGCCUUUUCAAAUCGCGAUCCGUUACCGCUCCGCCGGCCGCCGCCAUUGUAGCGCUCGGAGCCCUCAGCGCGGCCGAGGCGGAGCCCGCGGCGGGAUGGCCGAUGCCGACAAGCCCGAGGCGGCCGCGGGCGACGACGGUCCGCAGCAGCAGCCGCCGGCCGAGUCGCGCCGGGACCCGCACCCUGCCGAGCCCGAGAAGCCGCCGCGCAGCAGCGCCAACGGCGUUAAAAUGGAGAAUGAUGAAUCAGUGAAAGAAGAAAAAUCUGAUUUAAAAGAAAAGUCUACAGGAAAUAAGAAGGCCAAUCGAUUUCAUCCUUAUUCAAAAGAUAAGAAUUCGGGUACUGGAGAAAAGAAAGGUCCAAAUCGGAAUCGAGUGUUCAUUAGCAACAUCCCCUAUGACAUGAAAUGGCAGGCUAUUAAAGACUUGAUGAGAGAAAAAGUUGGUGAGGUUACAUACGUGGAGCUCUUUAAGGAUGCGGAAGGAAAAUCAAGGGGUUGUGGUGUGGUUGAAUUCAAAGAUGAAGAAUUUGUAAAGAAAGCACUAGAAACUAUGAACAAAUAUGACCUUAGUGGAAGACCUCUGAAUAUUAAAGAGGAUCCUGAUGGAGAAAAUGCUCGCCGGGCACUGCAGCGAACAGGAACAUCAUUUCAAGGAUCACAUGCCUCUGAUGUGGGAUCUGGGUUGGUGAAUUUGCCACCUUCCAUUCUCAAUAACCCAAACAUUCCUCCUGAGGUUAUCAGCAAUUUGCAGGCUGGUAGACUUGGGUCCACAAUUUUUGUUGCUAAUCUUGACUUCAAAGUUGGUUGGAAGAAGCUGAAGGAAGUGUUCAGCAUAGCUGGAACCGUAAAGCGGGCAGAUAUUAAAGAAGACAAGGACGGCAAGAGCAGAGGCAUGGGUACUGUCACUUUUGAGCAAGCCAUUGAAGCAGUUCAAGCAAUUUCCAUGUUCAAUGGGCAGUUUUUAUUUGAUAGACCUAUGCAUGUGAAAAUGGAUGACAAAUCUGUCCCUCAUGAAGACUACCGCUCACAUGAUAGUAAGACAUCACAAUUACCACGUGGUCUUGGAGGCAUUGGAAUGGGACUUGGUCCAGGUGGACAACCUAUUAGUGCCAGCCAGUUGAACAUAAGUGGUGUAAUGGGAAAUUUGGGUCCAAGUGGUAUGGGAAUGGAUGGUCCGGGUUUUGGAGGAAUGAAUAGAAUUGGAGGAGGAGUUGGGUUUGGUGGUCUGGAAGCAAUGAAUAGCAUGGCAGGAUUUGGUGGAGUUGGCCGAAUGGGAGAGCUAUACCGUGGUGCAGUGACUAGUAGCAUGGAGCGAGAUUUCGGACGUGGUGAUAUUGGAAUAAAUCGAGGCUUUGGCGAUUCCUUUGGUAGACUUGGCAGUGCAAUGAUUGGAGGGUUUGCAGGAAGAAUAGGAGCUUCUAACAUGGGUCCAGUAGGAACUGGAAUAAGUGGCAGCAUGGGUGGCAUGAGCAGUGUGACUGGAGGCAUGGGGAUGGGACUGGACCGCAUGAGCUCCAGCUUCGACAGGAUGGGGCCAGGGAUUGGAGCCAUACUGGAAAGGAGCAUCGAUGUAGACCGAGGUUUCUUAUCGGGUCCCAUGGGAAGCGGAAUGAGAGACAGAUUAGGCUCCAAAGGCAACCAGAUAUUUGUUAGAAAUCUACCUUUUGACUUGACUUGGCAGAAACUAAAAGAGAAAUUCAGCCAAUGUGGUCAUGUAAUGUUUGCAGAAAUCAAGAUGGAGAAUGGCAAGUCAAAAGGCUGUGGGACAGUUAGGUUUGAAUCCCCAGAGUCAGCUGAAAAGGCCUGCAGAAUAAUGAACGGCAUCAAAAUCAGUGGCAGGGAAAUCGAUGUUCGCUUGGAUCGUAAUGCAUAAUUUCAAGCAUGGUUGGAACAUUCCUUCGUCUGUUUAUUGAAUCUCCUAGUAAAAGUCAUUUUUUUAGUAAUGUUGUAUGCUUACAAAUGCUGUAAAAAUGAACUUUUAAAACUCCCACCAGCUUUUAACAGUAUAAUGUUGAAAAAUAUACUGUGAUUUUCGUUCUCUCAAGUUUGUGUUUCUAAAGUUGGCAAGUCUGGUCAUUGAGUUUCAGUGGAUGGACACACCAUUUUUAAUGAAAUAAGCAGCCAUUUUGUUGUUUCCAGUAGGAGGGUUUGUUUGUUCUAAUUUCCCCAAUCUUAUUGUAAGUUGACAUCCCCCCCCCAAAAAAAAAAAUCUCUGCUUUGUAUCGAUUGUUAAUGAAACGAAAGGGCUCAGACAAAUUAGGAUAUGAUUUUGGUUUGGUUUAAAUUACUUUUCUCUGCUUAUAAAGAAUAGUAAUUAAGUAUUAUAUUCUAAAGUUGAGGAUGUUUCUUAUUUGACCUAAAUGAAGACCUGGUUUUUCUUUUU